UCUUACAAGUCGGAAUCACGGCGUAAGUGAAUUUAUUUUUAUUUUAUUUUUCAAGUUAAAGCAACAAUUCAUGCCAAAUCCACUAGUAGUUGGUCAGUCCAGGAACGCACCACUGAGAGCGCUGUGGCUCUUUGCAUGUCAAACGUCAAUUGGUAUAGCUUAACUUGGUGUUGCGAAAUACGGAUGACACUUUAUUUCUAAGCUUUUCUUAUUUCUUGGUCUUUGGGGAAUUAACUAACCAUUUUUUAUUUUUUUCGCACUAGGGCCUACGGGGAUCCAGCAUCAAGCAGAAGGUUAUCGAACAGCGGAAGAGCGUUUGAAGCGGGAACCAUAGCGAAUUAUUAUUACCUUGUCUUAGGUAAUAAUAGAGGUGUGGGAACUUUUUUUUCUUAUCUACGUACCGCGCUUGACUAAAGCCGAAAACCUCCAUUCCAAAUGAAGGGCUUAUUCAACUCGAAAAAAUCCCCAAAGAAACAAACUGCAGGCGAUAGCAGCGAAUCUCACCACACCCCCAAUUACCAAGACAAGCCACAGCCUCAAAUUCCUCGCUCAGAGCAAACUUCUUCAGCUGUAAAACCUUCCAUCAGCUCUACUAGAUCGUCCCCCACCAAAAAGCCCUUGCGCCCCGCAUCGCCUUCCCAGAGGGAGCAGCCUAAAUCGCGGACCUCUCGCUCUUUUGCGAGACAUUCAAGCGACCAAGGCUCUUCUUCGAGGCGAAGUAAAAUCGAUACUGAUAUUCAUCCUUUGAAUUUACCACCCGAGGAGCUCAAGCGCUUAUCUGCUCAGUAUAAUUUGAACAGUAGGAAUUCCGUCGACAAGAUGGACAAGAUGGAUCUCGACAAAGAUACCCCGGCCGUACCUCCGACCUCGCCACCUCCUGUACAAACCCAAUCUUUUACUAUCCCCGUCAACCCUUCUCCUACGAAUGGAGUGAAGCAGGAUGUGAACGAUGAGGCGGAAGGCCCGGCUCCUCCGCCUCAUAGGUCGAACCCUUCCAGUCCGGUUCCCACCGAUGCGGAAGCGGCCGAGGCUCACAAGGCCGACGGAAAUAGAUUUUUCAAGCAGAAGGACUAUGCACGAGCAAUUGCUGAGUACACGAGUGCUAUCCAGCUUAUCCCUACCGAGCCUACAUACCUUAGCAACCGUGCCGCGGCUCUCAUGUCUGACCGCCAAUAUGAGGCUGCUCUGGACGACUGUGUUCGAGCUGUGGACCUAGACCCCCAUAACCCUAAGUACCUGUUACGUUUGGCCCGGAUUUACACCAGUUUAGGACGUCCUGAGGAGGCAAUGAUUACUUUUGGCCGUAUCCAGCCUCCUGCUUCUGCCAAGGAUAUGGCUGCCGCUAGGGAAAUGCAGCAUCACGUCAGAGCAGCCCAGGAUGCCCUUGACCGCGCCAUAUCUGGCUCCAUGGUUUUACACGCUUUGGACCAGGCUGAGAAGUUGCUUGGACCCGGGGCGAGCAAGCCUAGAAAAUGGCAACUGAUGCGAGGCAAUGCAUAUCUCAAAAUGGGAGGUGCUAAUUCAUUAGGAGAAGCGCAGAACGUAGCAAUGUCUAUUCUAAGGCAGAACAAUCUGGACCCGGAAGCAUUAGUGUUACGGGGACGUGCACUAUAUGCCCAAGGAGAGAAUGAUAAGGCCAUCACGCAUUUCCGAAAGGCGCUCAGUUGUGAUCCCGACUUCAAGGAAGGUGUGAAAUGGCUUAGAACUGUUCAGAGGUUGGACAGGAUGAAGGAGGAGGGCAAUGCGGAGUAUAAGGCUGGACGGUGGCAGGCUGCUUUCGACAAGUACUCAGCUGCUCUGGAGGUUGAUCCCUCCAACCGAGGCACCAACUCGAAGCUGUACCAAAAUCGGGCCCUCUGCCGACUUAAGCUGAAGCAAUUCGCCGAGGCGAUUGCCGAUUGCGACGAAGCUUUCAACUUGGACCCUUCGUACAUCAAGGCCCGGAAGACAAAGGCUAACGCAUUGGGUCAAGCGGAGCGGUGGGAGGAUGCCGUUCGCGAGUGGAAAUCGAUCCAGGAGUUAGAUCCUGAAGAUCGAAGCAUCGCCAAGGAAAUUCGCAGGGCGGAGCUAGAGCUUAAGAAGAGCCAGCGUAAAGACUACUACAAGAUUCUCGGUGUCGGUAAAGAUGCCGACGAGGCCGCUAUCAAGAAAGCUUAUCGCAAGCUUGCUAUCAGGCACCACCCGGACAAGAACCCCAACGACGACGCGGCCGCUGAACGUUUCAAGGAUAUCGGCGAAGCUUACGAGACCUUGAGCGACCCUCAGAAGCGUGCUCGCUACGACAGCGGAGACGAUCUGAUUGACCCCUCCGACAUGUUUGGUGGUGGCAUGGGUGGUGGUAUGGGCGGCGGCAUCGACCCGGAGAUCCUCUUCAGCAUGAUGAACGGUGGUGCCUCUUUCGGCGGGCCAGGCUUCGGUGGUGGUGGUGGCUAUGGUGGUCGCACGCGUCCUCAGGGUUUCCCAAGUGGAUUCCACUUUGGUUGACAAUCCAAGCCUGGCGAGGAUAUCAAUGGCGAUUCUGAUUAUGAUCGAGACGUUAGCUCCGAGAGUGAGCGGGCACCUUGGGGCCAGUUUGAGCAGGGGUCUUCCCACGGAGUGACUUUAGACGAGAGGAUUACUCAAUUCCGCUGGUCCUUGAUAGCAAUGGCGUGCGCGUUCGUGUUCCUCCCGCUGGAAUUGGCCACGACGUUGCUUGUGUUGUAUAUCUGCGGUGUGCUAGCGAGGUCAUCGGGCACGAUACGCGGGAUCCUGUAAAGAAGUAGGGACUUAGGGAUAGACGCUUCAUCAUCGCCGGCGUUAGGGGGAUCAUAUUGAAAGCCAUUUACGUGGUGUCCUAUCUCAGAUGCCCUAGAGAACGGGCGACUACUUAGGACUACAGCAUAGGAACGAGCAAGGGACUGCUCGCUAAAAAAAAAACACACACAGAACUAAUGAUAGAUACACCUCAAUGAAUAGGCAUGAACCGGAUUACUUUGUUUGUUUUUUGUUUUUAGGCGAUGCAUUUACUUUAUAUUUUUUCAUAUGCCGUGUAUAUGAGUCUCAAUGCCAGCGCGUCAUGAUAGGUG